GGGGGGCUGGGGGCGUGGCCCUAAAUCUUCCCUUUGCAGUGGGGCCUUCAUUGGGGCGAAGGGGAACCCCACACCUCCCCCCCAAAGGGCUUCAGUGGGGGGAAGCCUAAAAGCCCUUAUCCCAGUUAGUCCAGGCAGGUAGCUGCAGAUUAUGAGGUUGGGGGGCUGAGAAGACCCCUAAGUGAAGGUGGCCUGUGCAGCUGACCCAUUCAGGUAGCAUCUCUCCUGCUGCACCAAUAAACCAGAAGACUUUUACAGCAUAUCCCUUAACACAAGGUCUUUGGGCUUUGGACUGAUUAAAACCGGUUUCAAGCUGGUUUACAUUUGCGUAGUGUGCUGAAGGAGGAGAGGGGAGGUUUGAAGUGAAGCAGGAGCAGCUAUUGUGGGAGAGGGAUGAAGGGGUGACAAGAAAAGAGGGUGGAUGUUCGGGAGAGACCGAAGGCCGGGGUGCUCUACUUUGAAACCAGGUGAAGCCUUGAGGGAAGCAACUCCCACCACCACCCCAGUCUCUAGUUUCCGCUUGAGUCUUCGCAUUCACCUCCCUUCCCACUUGGUGGCUAUCAGAAACCCAUCUGCUUUUUCUUUGUGGAAUAUCUUCCUUCCUGCUUUAAGAGCCUAAUAGUUCACUCACAACACGCUGUUUUUUUGUGGCAGGAGUCGGCAGCACCGGCGAUUCAGGCAGCCCUAAGAAAGAACGUGGCAGGAGGGCCAAGAGUUCGUCGUUGGUCCUGUGGUGGGCUUGGAGCCAAAAUCGGAGAUGGAAGAGCAAGACCCAGCUGGCCCUGAAGCAAGGAAAGGCUCUGACACUGUCAAGGUUGGGAGCAGUGGGGAAUCCCAGGGGGAAACUAUGCAGAAGAUCCAAGGUGAGGAUACUCUCAAUCCUGAUGUAGAGCGCCAGGGCUUCAGGCAGUUCGGCUACCAAGAAGCCGAGGGCCCCCGAAAGGUUUGCAGCCGACUCCACCGUCUCUGCCGUCGGUGGCUGAAGCCAGAGCGACACACCAAGGCUCAGAUCCUGGACCUGGUGAUCCUGGAGCAGUUCCUGGCUGUCCUUCCACUGGAGAUACAAAACUGGGUGAGGGAAUGUGGAGCAGAGACCAGUUCCCAGGCGGUGGCCCUGGCGGAAGGUUUCCUCCUGAGCCGGGCAGAGGACAAGAAGCAGGAGGAACAGCAGGUUUUGCUGGCAGAAGAGGCCAUCGAUAUACCCGAGGCGGAGAAGACUCCAUUGGAUUCGAGGCAGAGGAAACUGUCCAGGCAGAUCAUGCAGGAGGGCGACGGAGGGCCCACUUCACUGGGAGAUGGACCGAGGAGGAGGACAGAAUGUAUGAGCUCAUCUCCUCGUCGCGGUGGGCUGGGAGCAGCUUCUUUGCGACUGGAUCAGGUGACCUUCAAAGAGGUGGCUGUGUAUUUCACCCAGGAGGAGUGGGCCCUGCUGGGUGCAGACCAAAAAGCCCUGCACAAGGAAGUCAUGGAGGAGAACCUUGGGAUCAUGGCCUCUCUGGGUGAUGUACGGGAGAACGAGAGCGAACUGCGCAAAUUGCUGUUGGAACGAACCAGAUGUAAACCAUGUAAAUGGUUGGAGUGUGGAAAGACCUUCAGUCAGGAGACAGAUCUCACUUUUCACCAGCAAACUCGCACAGGGGACGAUCCAUUUAAAUGCUCAGAGUGUGGAAAGAGUUUCAACCGAAGGUCGUACCUUUUGAAACACGAAAGAGUUCACACCGGGGAGAAACCAUUUCAAUGCUUGGAGUGCGGGAAAUGUUUUGCUCACAGCUCAAACCUUAAGUCGCACAAAAAAACUCACACAGGAGAGAAACCGUUUAAAUGCCUGGAGUGUGGAAAGAGUUUUGGUAUGAAAAAAAGCCUUAUGGAUCAUCAAAGAAUCCACACGGGGGAGAAACCGUUUAAGUGCCCGGUUUGUGGAAAAGGUUUCAGUCGCAACACAAACCUCGUGUACCAUCAGAGAAUUCACACAGGGGAGAAGCCGUUUAAAUGCCUUGAAUGUGGGAAAUGCUUCAGUAUAAAUGCAAGCCUCAUGUACCAUCAAAGAAUCCAUACGACGGAGAAGCCAUUUAAAUGCUUUGAGUGUGGGAAGAGCUUCAAUCGGAGAUCAUACCUUAUGAAACAUAAAAGAAUCCACACAAGGGAGAAACCACUUGAAUGCUUAGAGUGUGGAAAGAGCUUUGCUGGAAAGGCAAGUCUCCAGGACCAUCAAAGAAUCCACAAAGGGGAAAAUCCAUAUAAAUGCUUAGAGUGUGGAAAGAGCUUCAACCGAAGGUCGUACCUUUUGAAACACAAAAGAAUUCAUACCGGGGAGAAACCAUUUCAAUGCUUGGAGUGCAGAAAAUGUUUUGCUCACAGCUCAAACCUUAAGUCACACAAAAAAACCCACACAGGAGAGAAACUGUUUAAAUGUUUGGAGUGUGGAAAGUGUUUUGGUAUGAAAAAAAGCCUUGUGGAUCAUCAAAGAAUCCACACGGGGGAGAGACUUUAUGUCACAUGAAAGAAUCUGCACAAGGAAGAAAUCAUUUAAAUGCUUAGAGUAUGGAAAGAUUUUUGGUGGUAAUGCGAGUCUCGUGAACCAUAAAAAAGAAAUCACACAAGGGG